GGUCAUGCUGCACUGCAUCUCAAAAUCUGGCGCAAAGCGGCAAAAAAGGAAGCGUCCUAGUUAAAUUAGCUAAAUGUGUCAAUUGCGAGCGACGAAAUGACGAGUGAAAUAGGUAAUCUACUGAAGGGCAGCCGCUCGGAUGUGAAGAAGGCCUUCAGCUUGGUGGAGACCUCAUUCAGGACGUUGUUAGAUGGACCAAACGCACUUCGAUACGAACUGAAUAUUCUGCGCCAUAUUUGCCUGGCCCUGCAGGCUAAUCAACACCAGAAUGCGGAUCUCUUCGUGGAUUUGGUGGCCGUAAUGCUGCCACAUGUGGUUCCCCACGAGAAGCACUGCUAUUGGGACUCGCACUUGACCAGUCUGCGGUACAUUCAUCAUGCUUUGUGUCAGGAGCGAUCCCUAGGAGAAUGCCAGAAGCUGUACAACCUCAUCAGAUCCCAGCCCUGCCGCCUGCAAGAGGAUUCGGACCACAAGCUGUACCUGGAGAUCCAUUUGGCCCACUUCAAUGGCAUUCACCUGCAUCUGCAGAAGCAAACGCUUCCCCUGGAGGCCACUCAUCAGCUUUGUUAUGCCCUAGAAGCCCUGGGAGAGCUCUUCGAGGCCAUGAGCCACCGGAAAAUAACCCAAAUUGGACCGCUCUUAACUAAACUAAAUGAACAAAUGUUUGGCAAGAGAAGCAGAACGUUUUUCAAGUCCCUGAGCCUCCUGCCCUCGGAGAGUCAGGCCAAGAUGUUCAAUCCCCUGCUGAAGCUACUGGCCGGCAGCUCUGCCUCGGAUUUAGCCAACCUAUUUCCCGAGUACCUGAGCUUCACCUUGGCCCUCGUGCAAAUCGACAUGCUGGCCAGCCAACAACUGGCGCUGCAGCUGCUGCGCAUGUGCAAGGAGCUAUUCCGCCAGGAAACCAAUCUAUGCUAUGCCCUGCAGCUGCUUUACUACUAUAUCAAGCUGAUCUACGUCCGGGAAGCCACUGCAGACUUUAAACGCACCUACAUUGACUUGUCGCGCAAGUUUCAGAACUUCUUCGAGCACAAGGGAGCCGCUCAUGCCAAGGAACAGUGGCUCACGGAUCUGCUGGUGGCCAUCCAAGUGCUGCAGGUGCUGAUCCAUCAAAGGGGCAGUAAGUCCCAGUCACCCUUCGAGCUCUUCUGGCAGCAGUUUGACGGCGAGGGCAGUCCAGAGGUCUAUGCAGCGCACUUUCAAUUGCUGCAGAGUUGCGGUGCCUUAUCGGUGAAUAUUUCGAGGAGCUCACUGGGCUGUACUUGCGUUCAUGAGGCCUGCAAAAGCGUGAGAAGGCACUGCAUUCUGGCCUACGGACUGUGCGCUUUGGAUGCCUACAUAAGCUGGCAACCAACGCAGGAGCAAAAAGCAGACAGGAAUCCCCAUAAACCUCUUAAGGAACUGGUCAAAUACUCAAUGGAUGUGGCAAAAACCAUGAAGUGCCUGACUUCCAGCAGCGUGGAGCUCAUCAAGCUAGUGCGCCAGCUCACUUAUGUAGCCGAUCAGGUUUCCUGUCCGGAGCAGAUGUCCCUGCUACUUCCACUCCUAGAGCCUCUGCAGCAGCUGCGGUCCUUGAUUGCAGAUCAGGAGAUGAGCGGCUUACUGCGACGUCUCUUCAAGGCCAGCGGGCAUUGCAAGGAUUCCAGUAUGGCAAGUCGCCUGCAAGCCAGUUAUUUAGCCUCCAUCACAAAUCCCGUAAAACUAAGAUCACAGAUUGGUUUGCAUUACCACAAUCAGGGAAAAACGGAGAAGGAGAUCAGCAAGUGCGUCUUCGAGUGGCACGAGUCCUGUCCACUGCCCUAUCCUCUUUCGGCUGCUCAAAAGAAACAGCUCUAUGAUGCCGAUUUCUUAGCUGUGCUGUACUAUUUGAGAAGUCCUCCUCCCGCACUUAUGCAAUCGCUGAUCCGCUGCCGAAUGAGUGAUUACCCUCUGGUACUCAUGGCCAGUAAAAUGCGAAAUGAUGCCGCUAUUUCAGAGCAAUGCAAGGCGGUUCGAUCGAAGCUAAGGCAUCAGAAAUCCCUCAGCCGAAUGGAGCACUUGUGCCUGGGCCACAUAAAUGUUGGUUUACUUCUGAGCGCACUGGAGGAUCAGAAGACCAAGGUUUCCCCCAAAGAGGUGGCUGAGAAUCUGUUCGAAGAGCUGCUACUCAGGCCGAUUUUAUCGCAGAUUAACAUACAGCGAGAGCAGCGCUUGGUUCAGUUUGCCAGCGAAGCUAUCUCGUCUUUUAGCUACUUCUUUAACAAAGCGGAUGAGGAGCCCUUGGACAUGGAGGAAACUUCCAUCGACUGGGAGGCUUUGAUUGACGAUGCUGUGGCUGCCGCCAUGGCUCUUUCGAAUAUGGGCUAUCGAUCGCAGGAGGACGAUGCUUGGCUUCUGCUUCUGAGAAUAUCCCGCUGUUUGGAGGAUCGAUUUACUUUUCUGCGAGCGCUGAAUCAUUUUCUGUCCCAGAAUGAAGUUAGCACCAGGCUGAAACUUGAACUACACGAGGAAGUUGAGUGGGCGGAGGAUUUGCUGGAUGAUUUGUGGCCUCAACUGCAAAGUGGUUCGUUCUUCAAUCGACAGCAUACCACCGUAUUGCUCUGCUUCUGCCACAUGGCCAGUUAUUAUGCCCGAAUGGGUUGCAUGACCACUGCCCAGUUUCUACUGCUUCAAGCGGAACAGCUUCGCGCAGAGUUUCCCGAAAGACUGGGAAAGAGUGACAUUGUAUUGAUCACCCUGCAAACAGUGCGUUUUCGACUUGGCUAUCAGCACAGAAAGCCAAAGACUCUGGCUGUUCUAACGCCCCUGCGACAAUUGGACACUCUGCUGGACAAUGUGCGGAAUUUCGCCAAUCUCUCCAGCUUGGAUGGUGGCUCCUUGCAGUUGCUCCUAUCGACGCUUGUUAGAGAAAGCACUGAAUGCUCUGCCAACAGAUUAAGCGAACGAUUGUCCUUCUCCAACAUUGCACUCCAUUUGGCCCUGCAGGCCGGUUUGGCCCUAAGAACCAUCGAGGUAUUCCUCGCCUGGUUGUGGACCAAUCUACAAAUGGAACACUUUGAAAAGGCGCAGUCAAAGUUGCGACUCAUCGAGCACUGCUUGGAUAUCAGACGCCUGACUCCCAAGGAAGCUCCUCCAGAAAUAAAAGCCAUCAAAGAGCCAGCAAUUGUUGACCUGACCAGCAACAUGCAUCUCCUCCAGUUGGUGGAGCCCAUCAGGAAGCAGAAUAUGAGUGUGCCCUCGCCUAAGCUGCUCAACAGGCGGCUGAAUAGUCCCAAUCACCAACAACACUUGGAUCGCUACCUCACCCUAGAUGAUGCUCCUUCUACCAUUCGGGAGAACUCGCAGCUUCAGUGCCUGUUCUUCAUAAUGGGCUGUCUGCAUGCACGUCUUUGUUUUCUUCAGCGGAAUACCGAGCAGUUGGAUGAGUUUUACGAAAGAACGGAUAAUAGGCUGCGGGAAAAACCUGAGAUAAGUGCUUCUCUCGGUUCCAUGUUGCAAGUGCAGCAGCUCUAUCAUCUUAACCAUCUGCGCUUUAGGCAAAAGCAUGUGGCGGCCAUAUCAACGGCUCAAUUGGGCCUGAAAACGCGACUGCAAGCGGUCGAUAUUAACUUUACGUACAACUUUAUGGCUCAGCUGAAGACGGCUGAAAUAGAGCUCAAGCCAAGGGGUCAGGAGAAACCCAGGCCCAAAACACUACGACGAGCACUGAUUUUCCAUCUCUCACCUGAGGAUAAAAGCCGAAGUGCAGCAUCUUCAGCUUCCAAGGUUAAACAGUCAGCGAAGAAAGCACCAAGAUUCCGAAUUUAUGAGGAACUUAAACUAAGACCACCAAGUUCAGCUAGCAUGAGUAGCGGAGGCAGCGGAACGGAGAGCACUCCACCCUCGGAUCACGUGGAUCUCAAUGCCUGUCAGGCGAUCGAGAUUAGCGACGAUGAUGAGUUGCUUUCCCUGCCCCUGAAGAAGCCCCCUUCAAAAACUAAGGGAAAACCAAAGUCCAAAGCCACGGAAAAAGCAUGUGAGGUUAUUAAUCUGGAUAACAGUUUGGAAAUACCAUCCACUCCAUCGGUAACCUCGAGUGCAAGGAGCCUCAGAGCGAGGAUACGCCAACCUGUGGAAGCGCCAAAGACGGCUACCCUUUCAUCCAGGCGACCCAGGCGACAGGUGUCGGAGCAGCAGGCUCCUGAAACGGAGUCCCUUAGCACACGCACACGUCACCGGCACUGAUUAGAUACAAAUCUGUUUAGUUUUAGUUCUUAUUCUUAUUUAAAAAGACUUUCUAUUCAAAUACAUAUUUUGUAAGUGUUAAAAUAA